AUGGCCGCCCCCGCCGCGGGCGCGCCGAACGCGGACGCCGACGAGAAGUUUCUCUCCGAGGUGCACGUCGGCCGCGGCGACGGCGGCGGCGGGAUCUCGCGGUUUGAGUUCUUCGCCGCGCCGUGGAGGCGGGACGACGACGACGACGACGCGAGCGACGACGACGACGACGAUGGCGACCUGGUCGUGAAGCGCAAGCGCCGCCGCCGCGGGAGCGCGGUGACGAUACGACACGACGUCGACACGAGCCUUCGCGACGUCGGGAUGCAGGUAUGGCGCGGCGCGCUCCUCGCGUGCGACUGGCUCGCGCACGUCGCCGCGGGGGAAGAGCGCCGCGCCGCGACGACGACGACGACGACGACGACGACGACGACGACGGACCCCCGAAACGCGAUGCGAGGCGCCGUCGUCCUCGACCUCGGCGCGGGCACGGGCCUGACCGGGAUCGUCGCCGCGCGGUGCGGCGCGAGGCGCGUGUUCCUGACCGACGUCGGCGACGGCGUCCUGGCGAACUGCGCGCGGAACGCGAGGGAGGACGGCGCGUGCGUCGUUCGAGAGUUGGACUGGAUGGACGACGACGACGACGACGACGACGGCGGCGGCGGCGGCGGCGGCGGCGGGACGUCCCUCGCGGCGUGGCCGCCUGAAGACGUCGACACCCUGGACGAGUGCCGCUUGAUCGUCUGCGCGGACUGCGUGUACGACGACGCGCUCACGGACGCGCUGUUUCGGACGUUGCGGCGGUUGUUGCGUCGAUUAAACGCGGCGGCGACGGCGGCGGCGGCGGAGGGCGAAGUCCUUAAGGAACGGCGUUCACCACGCGAACGCGGUCGUAUGGGAACCAGUCACGACGAGAAACGACGCGCGCCGCGCGAGGGAGAACGGUCCCCGGGGAACGGUCGCGAUCACGCGACGAUCUCCUCGGCCGCCGCGUCGCGCCCGCGGGUCAUCUUCGCGGGCGAGCGCCGCGUGAACUUUGCGGUCGGCGACGCCGCCCCCCGCGCGCACGCGCACGAGCGGUUUCUGUCGCACCUCGGACUCGCCCCGGACGCGGCGUCGUUCGCGGCGGCGGCGGACGUCCCGGAGGCUUCGAGGAGAACGUCGGACGCGGUGUCGGAUAAUGUGUCGGACGCGGUGUCGGACAGGAGGACGAGCGCGUCCGCGUUCAGAGCGCGGAGGAUCGAUCCGUUCGACGUCCCGCAGCGCGUGAUGUACGAGCGCGGCGGCGAGCUCGAGCUGUGGGAGGUCACCUUAGACGAGUAGAAACGUAGAACAAAGCCACGACCGCGCACGACGACGACGACACAACCGACGA